AUGGAUAACUCAGACACAUAUUUAUUGAAUUUUAAAGGCUAUUAUUUUGGACGUUCUUUCGUUGAUACUGACCUACUAGAAAAUCUAGAAGAUUUUGAAGUUAGAGAUGAAGAUGUGUUCCUAAUUACAUACCCAAAAUCUGGUACAAUCUGGACUCAGCAGAUAUUAAGCUUGAUUUAUUUCGAGGAACAUCGUAACAGAACUACGCAUGUGGAAACUAUCAACAGGAUGCCUUUCCUUGAGUAUAAUGUACACAAAGCGGACUUUCUGAACCGACCAUCUCCUCGUCUCUUCUCUUCCCACCUUCCAUAUUAUUUAGCACCAAAGGGCCUCAAGAACAAAAAAGCCAAAAUUGUUUACAUGUACAGAAACCCUAAGGAUGUUUUGGUUUCAUAUUUCCAUUUUUCGAAGUUUGUGGCUACAUUCGAAACUGCAGAUACUAUAGAACAAUUCAUGAAAAAGUUUCUAGAUGGAAAAGUGUUAGGAAGUCUUUGGUUUAAUCACAUCAGAGGCUGGUAUGAGCACAAACAUGAUUUCAAUAUACUGUUCCUGAUGUAUGAAGAGAUGAAGAAGGAUCUCAGAAGUUCUGUGCUUAAAAUCUGCAGUUUUCUUGAGAAGGAGCUGAGUGACGAGGCCGUGGAUGCUGUUGUGAGGCAGGCUACUUUUCAGAAUAUGAAGUCCGAUCCGCGAGCAAACUAUGAUCGAAUUCUAAAAUGUGAUGUUGGAAUAAGGACAGAUGAGGGACAUUUCCUACGCAAAGGUACAGUUGGAGACUGGAAGCAUCACUUGACCGUGGAGCAGAGUGAAAUGUUUGACAAGGUCUUCCAAAGAAAGAUGAAAGAUUUCCCCUUGAAGUUCAUCUGGGAUAUAAAUGAGGAGGAGAAUUCUAAUCACAGUCCAAAAUAAUCAUAUACUAACCAGAAACAUAUUUUAAUACACAUAUUAAUUUGUGCUUCUCAUAAUUGUUAAUUAUAAAACUUCUUUAAUUUAUUAACUUA